UGAAGUAUAGCGUUUCAAUGUAAGUUGAUUCUAUGCAACUUCCGGGGCACUAGUUAUGGUUUUCUCCCUUAUUAUUUCUCCUAUUGGAUGAGUGAACUGGAGCCAACAUCAAUAGUGUGAGUAGAGGAAACCUGUAGUUGUAGCUCUCUCUUCUAGAUCUUGAGGCUCGUUUCUUUCUGUUUGGUUGUGCUCCUUCGAUGGUCACAGAAGUUUUUGCGUAUUCUUGCUUAUAGCUUUGAAACUUGGCAACGUAGAUACUGAUAAAAUCAACAACCGUUUGAAAUUCUUUUUGUUGUAGGCACCUUCAGGUUGGCUAUUGUUUCACUAUCUCCAAUUGUGCAUUAUGUUCACCAUCUUAUUCUCUAACAUCUUUUGUAAACAUCAUCUUAUGAGAAUAGGUAAAUGCCUAUUAAGUAUUGGUCAAUUGAAAGAGAAAAGUUUGAUAUGUCUACAUGGUGGUGAAUCAAUGGUUACAUUUCUACAAGGUCUUAUCAGUAAUGAUGUCAAGUGUAUCAGUCAACCGAAUUCUUUCAUGUAUUCCCUUUUCUUAAAUUCCAAGGGAAGAGUUUUAACUGAUGCAUUCAUCUAUCAUACAAAUCGUUUAUCAUCAACUUAUCAAUCGAAUUAUCUCAUUGAAGUUGAUCAUGUCUAUACUGAUGAUCUUGUCAAACAUUUAUCACGAUAUAAUUUACGUGGAAGAGUGAAAAUUGAUACCAGUUUACAAUUAUGCCCAUGGAUUGCUAUGCCUACAUCAUCAAUUCAAUCGAAUCAAUUGAAUAAUUCACAAGCAUGGUUACCAGUUAAUAAUAAUUUAUUGAAUUUCAACGAUCAACAACAAGUAAUAUUUUAUGCAUCAGAUCCUAGAGGGAUAUCUGGUUGGUCUGGACGUAUAUUAUCUAGAAGUAAUACAAAUGUACGUGAUAUCUUUACAUCGUGUAAUACACAACCACUUGAUAUAGAAGUAUAUCAUAAUGCACGUUGGCGACUAGGUCUACCCGAAGGUGUUCAUGAAUUCAUUACAAAUGAUACAUUACCAUUUGAAGCAAAUACUGACUUAUCUGGUGGUGUUAGCUUUUCAAAAGGAUGUUAUAUUGGUCAAGAGUUGACAGCACGUACACACUUCACUGGUGUUAUUCGAAGACGAUAUAUACCAAUUAGAAUAGUGUCAAUGGGGAAUAAUGCUGAUGUAUUGAUGAAAACAAUGAAUGCAGCUAAGUAUUUGUAUAACGCACCAAUUUAUCGAAUCGAUCACAACUCGAAUAUAGUCUCAUUGAAAUUGAAACCUGUUGGUUGGAUUCGAGGCAUUAAUCCAUUGAAUAUUAUCAGUACUAAUAAAAUGAAUAGUAAUAUUCAUCAAUAUCCAAUUACUGGUAUAGCUUUGAUACGUUUAACUGAAGCAAGUGAACAACUGAUUAUUACUCUACCUAUAGAUGAUGAUGAUGAUGAUGAUAACAAUAAUAAAACGUUAAUAAAUCUGCAGAUUAUUCCGUAUAUACCAUCUUGGUGGCCAGAGGAUAUUGCACCACAAAUUCAACGACUGGAAUACACAUGACAAUUAUUCAUUAUUAUUAUAGAAUUGAUUCCCUUAAAUUAGUCUUUCUUGUAUAAUAAUAUUAAAUGGGAUUUUCUAUUCA